UUAACUGUUAGCUCAAUGGCUUCUCCUGGACCAGCAGCCAAUACAAAUCAACUGCAAAUUACUGAUCUUGCUGAGGUACUUCGAUUACUCAGUAGACAUGGUUUUUCAGGAGUUAGUUACUAUACUCUUGGUCUUUAUCUUGGCCUAUCUCCUGCUACACUGGAUGUAAUUACAAGGAAUAAUGAAAAGAAUACUGAGAGCUGUCUACGGGAAUGUCUUACCAAAUGGCUACAGAAAGCUGAUGAUGUACAGAAGAAAGGUGGCCCUACUGUCUCUUCAUUGGUAUCAGCAUUGAAGGAAUUGAAUGACAAUGCAAUAGCUGAUGGAAUAGAUGCAGAGAAGCAUCCUGCUUGUAAAAUUCUUGCUGAUUAUACUUCAAAUAAAUCUCUCAUUGCUGCAUUACCUCAAUUGGCUAAAUUUUUGCAUUCAGAGGAUUUAAUAAAAGAUAUAAUACACUCCAGAAAAGGAGAAAUACUAAUGAUUGAAAUUGUAAAAGCUAUUUGUAUUGAUUCUAAUAAGCUGGAGAUGUUUGCUGCAAUAUUGAUUAAAAAUAAAGCCACAAUGGAGAUAGGAAAGACCAUCAGGAGAGAAUACAGAAAAGUUUAUGAUCAUCAUGAAAGUGAUAAUGAUCUUGCUAAAAAAGAUGAAUUUCAUCUUCCACCAUCCUUAACCUCAAGGUUCAAAUCAAUGCGGAUGAUGCUUGGUUCCACAUUUGAUCAAGUUGAAAUAAUCAUUGGAAAAUGUCCUCCUUCGACCCUUGACAAAAUAAAGAAUAUAUUGAUGUACUACAGUCAAGAUUUAAAGCCACAAGUAGCUCAAUGUGACAAUAUUCACGACAUUUUGGAAUUAGUUAGGAAAGAUUGUUCGUUAGAUGACAUAGAAAUGCUGAAGGCUAUUGUUAAUAAGCUGAAUAUAGAGGAGGCUAAGGCAGCUAUUCAGGAAUAUAGUGAGGCUUUAGAAGAGUUUAGUGAAACAGAGCUUAGUAAAUGCCUGAACAAAAAUUUUUCUGAUGCUUCACCACUUCAAUGCGAAAAGAUUACCAUUGUCGUUGAUCGAAAUACUGAUGAUUACACAUUGAAUGAUGUCAGGAGAUUAUCAGCUAAUAUAUUUCACAAAUUAUCACCACGUAUAAAAUUAAUUGUCAUCAGAGAUGACAAUUCCUUCACCAUCACUUGUUCCUUCCCUUUGAUUCUAUCUGAGCAGGUAAUUGAAUCUGCUCUUAAUAAUAUUGAUGUAUUGAAAGAAAAUGAAGUGCUGAGAUUAACCAUUGGCUACUAUACUGUGUAUGAGGCAAAUAAAACUAUUGCCCCUUCCACUUCUCCUGCAAUAGAUUCAGAUGAAAAUCAAAAAACCUCACCAACUAGUAGUGGUUUAUUUCAACAAUUGAUGCUAUCAUUGAAUGCACAACUGAUUAAUAGUACAGAGGAGGAAUUAAUGAAUAAAAUUCCAAAUGUCAGGACAAUGGAAAAUGAAAUUUUAAGGCAAAAGUCAGAUGAGACUGGGCAAUUCCAACCAGAUGAGGCAUCAAACGUAGCAAAUAAAAUACAACCAACUAAGCAGCUGCCUUUGGUUCCAUCUACAGAAGAAGUUUUAGUUUUUACUGCUAAAUCAGAAGCAGCAAGUGCAGUAAAUUUUGAUGAUAAUAAAGUACUGGAAUUAGCUGAGGGUAAUUUGCAAAAAGGAAUAUCACCAAUGCGUCAAGAAAUGGAAUCCACAAUAUUUGAAGAUGAAAGAGAAGAUUUAGGGAAGGUUUGA